UCGGAAUAUAAUCAUUGCCAAAAAAAUAUAAAAAAAUGAAAAUGUUAGAGAAAUUAUGUUGCAUGCGGCUACCUACGGCCGGCAAAGUGCUUGGCUGGUUGGGAGUCAUUGCAGCUAUCUUGGGUUAUAUACGGAUUGUGUUAUUGAUGAACGGAACUGAAGUUACCGUGGUUGUUGGAGACACUAUACAGAAGCAAUAUGUGCAGAUAGAUGCUGUGACCGGAAGCAUUGCUUUGGUUAUAAAUUCUUUGAAUUUACUUAUCUCCGUUCUACUCUUAUUGGGCAUCCAAAAGAAUCGUCAUGGCUUAGUAUUGCCGUGGUUGAUAUUCAACGGUUUCGUUUUGGCACUUUGCGCAAUUGCCUUUGUACUCGCGAUAAUAGGAUUCUUCGCAUCAGGCGAUUCUACCUUACUGGCACUUUUAUUGGGCUAUUCUCUUGGUUUGGCCCUGGGAAUCUAUAUCUACCACGGAAUACUCUCGCUUUACUACUACUUAAAGGAAAACGGUGGCCCUCAGGGUUCUUGGCCGGCUUAGAUAUCAGAAUACACUGCAGAUCCAUAAAUAUAUUAACUACGCCAAAAGAACAAAAAAAAAAUAUCCACUUGUGCAUUUAAACAUUCAACUUUUUUAUCUUUGCUACUUAAUCGUACUGGACAAUAUGCAUAAAUAUUUUAAAAACAAGUAUGUUUUGCAUUUAAUGCAUUUAUAAAUUUGACAUAAUUAUUUUCGCUAUAUUAUUAUAAGGAAAAUUUGAAAAUAUGCAUAAAUGUU